AUAUACUGGAGAAGAACACUACAAAUGUUAUGGAGAGUGGUUUUGGAAUCUAUCCAGACUCACUUCUAAAAUAAAAAUUUAAACAGCUGUGUUCUAGAAAUGCUUAUGAACAAUUCUCUUUGAAUAGACUGUGUCAAUGCUUGAGUUGCCCUUACUCCUUAAUGCUGCAAUUGUUCUAUUUGUAUUUUAGGGUAAACAUUUAUGAAUUUUGUGAAAAUUACCUUAGUUACAAUAUGCUUGUUGAUUGAACAGUUCGAGAACACUGUAUGACAGUUAUUUUCCUAAGGCAAAGGUGAUAGCCUGCAACUCAGAGACAUAAAAGGAAUUAGUCUCAAAUUCUAUCCUAUUUUAAGUUCUGUUAAAAAAAAAUUAUUGGAGCCUGACAGUGAGAGGUCCCUAAUGUUUUAACAGAACACUUUAGAGCUUAUAGAGUUUUUAGUAGAAAAUAUUUCAUGAUUUGAAAAAAAUGGAAAAUCAUUCUCAUUUCCUAGUCAACAACAAUAUGUAUAUUUUUAUUACAUUUUUAUCACAGCUUUGUGAGCUUCCUAGGCUGCAGAAAGUGCUGCCAACUCCAUGAUGCAGGAAGAACAACUUUCAGAACACAGUGAAAUUGCAGGCUAAGAACUCUUCAACAAUAAAUACUUUAAUAAGAACCAUGGCUUUAAAAGUGCUACUAGAACAAGAGAAAACAUUUUUCACCAUUGUAGUUUUACUAGCCUAUUUGGUAUGUAAAGUGAUUUGUGAAACAGGGGACUGUAGACAACAAGAAUUCAGGGAUCAGUCUGGAAAUUGUGCUCUCUGCAAGCAGUGUGGGCCAGGCAUGGAGUUGUCUAAGGAAUGUGGCUUUGGCUAUGGGGAGGAUGCUCAGUGUGUGACUUGCCGGCUACACAGGUUCAAGGAGGACUGGGGCUUUCAGAAAUGCAAGCCAUGCCUAGACUGUGCUGUGGUAAACCGCUUCCAGAAGGCAAACUGUUCUGUCACCAGAGAUGCCAUCUGCGGGGACUGCUUGCCAGGAUUUUAUAGGAAGACAAAACUUGUUGGUUUUCAAGACAUGGAGUGUGUACCUUGUGGAGACCCUCCUCCUCCUUAUGAACCACACUGUACCAGCAAGGUCAACCUUGUGAAGAUCCCAUCCACAGCCUCCAGCCCGCGAGACACAGCCCUGGCCGCUGUUAUCUGCAGUGCCUUGGCUACUGUCCUGCUGGCCCUGCUUAUUCUCUGCAUCAUCUAUUGUAAGAGACAAUUUAUGGAGAAAAAACCCAGCUGGUCUCUGAGAACACAGGACAUUCAGUACAAUGGUUCUGAACUGUCCUGUUUUGACAGACCUCAGCUCAACAAAUCUCCCAGAGCGUGUUGUCAGUGCCACCAGGACUUAGCCCAGACCUGCGGGCCUGUUCACUUGAUCCCAUCCUUGUGCUGUGACGACACCUGUAGCAUCGACCAAGUGACUCUUGGUUGCAGGGUGCAUUCCAAGGCCACACUUCAGGAGAGAAAUGCAGGUCCAGUGGGGGAGACAAUGCCGUCUUUCUUUGGGUCCCUUUCUCAGUCCAUCCGUGGCGAGUUUUCGGACGCCUGGCCUCUGAUGCAAAAUCCCAUUUGUGGUGGCGACAUCUCCUUUUGUGACUCUUAUCCUGAACUCACUGGAGAAGAUAUUCAUUCUCUCAACCCAGAAAAUGAAUCCUUGGAUUCAAACAGCAGUCAGGAUUUGGUUGGUGGCACUGUUCCAGCUCAAGCUCCUUCUGAAAACUUUACAGAAACUACUGAUUUGUUUAGAUACAACUCACUGACAGAACCAAUGCGAACUCAGGAUGCACUAACUACUAGAAGCCAGCUAGGUCAAACGAGUGGGGAUAUCAUUAACCUAACCACUCAAACAUCCCUCCAGGAAGCUUUUUAGGACUCCAUUCUUUCUGGAAUAGAAGUGCACGUGUGGAACUCAAGGGGCACGCACUCCUCUGCUUACACUUAUGAACUGAACAGUCUGGACCUUGCAUGGCUUCUGGGGGGAAAAAGAAAUCUGAAUCAAACUGAUGGCUUUUUAAGCCUUUCAACCGGUUGCUUCUGAGCCAGACCAGCUGUAAGCUGAAACCUCAAGGAAUAACAAGAAAAGACUGCAGGCACUCGUGGUGCUUUGCAUCUUUCCUAAACAAGAAGCUUCUAUGCUACAAGCGUGACUUCAAAGACUGAUGCACGAGUUGGCAGCCUAUGAGGUUACGAGACCAUAACAAGAACCAGAAAUGCAGCCGUGCUUAUUUUCAUGGUGAAUAUGAUUUCACAAGACUGAAGAUCCAGAGUAUAAAUUUUCAUCUGUAUUUUCUUCCAAAAAUAAUUUCACAUAGUUAUCCUAUUAAAAGUCAAUGUUAGAUUAGUUACCUUAGUUUUUAUGUAGAAUGGGUUAAAAAAUGAGUGUUUCUUUUUGAGGAAGGUCACUUUUUUGUCAUCUAAACUAAUUGUCCUAGGAGGCUAGAAUUGACUUCAUACUGCCUGCAUAAAUCUUGGGUUUAUUAGAUGAAGUCAGUUGGCCUAACUAGAAAUUAGAGGAAAACAAAUCUUUUGAAGAAUGAACACUUCUAACCUCAGCCACGAUCUCACAAACACCUAUCUGCUGGAGCUAGUCAUGAGGGGACUGAGUCAAGCAACGAAGUGGGAAAGGCAACCCAUCACCCUGUCUAAAAUCACUGAACACACACAUUCUAGAGACUUGCAUACAAAGAUGAGCAUAUUUCUGUGAAAGUCAUUUGAUAUGGAAGCAUCUGUUACUCUAUCUCUGUGACUGAGCUUAGAAGAUGCAGAAGAUUUUGCUUUUAUAGAAAGUGGUAUUUAUAAAAAUAAUGAUCUUUUUUUUCUUUCUCUUACCCCUCACCCACCAAUUUGUUCUGUUUCUCUGAGCUUGGUUUGGGGUUGUUUUUUUGUUUUGCCUAUCAUACUAAGGGAUUUAGAAAUUACAACGUAUCAGGCUCCUCUAAUACUGAAACAUGUCAUCAAGUGAGCAAUAUUAUGAGACUACACUACACAGAACCAGGAGAAAACAGUUUGUCAGCAGCCUUUGGGUGAACAGCCUACAACUGCUGUAAUGUAGCUUGACCAGGAUAUCACAGUGUUCCCUCUGAUCUCGUCAGCUUAGUUAGGACAAUAAUGUCCCGUCUUAGCCAUCUUUAUGGUCGGGAGAGGAGUUAAUUGAGCAAGAUUUAUUUUUUCCUUCUCGAACCUACAUGGUCAGAUCUGGCCUUUGCCUUUUAAAUGGUUACAUUAGCUCUGUCUCAUUUGCACUUAAAAAAAGAGAGAUCUUUGAACAUCAGUGUGUUAGAGUGCACUAGAAUAUUUUGUUUCCAAAUUACCCCAUCCAAAUCACUGUCUUUUACCUACACUGAACAUUUAAACUGAACAUUAAAAAUCUGCCUUUCCUUGGACAUUCUUAUCUUCUCACUUAUUACCCCAUACUUUUCUCUCUUUGCAAGAUAUUAUUAAAACCUAAUGAGCCCUUUUUCUGUGGCUGUAAUAGUUUCAGGUUCUGACAUGUGCAUGUUAGCUUGACUGGGUUUGGUCCUCAUGAACUCAGUUCCUUUAACUGAAAUACAAAGUUAGAAUGUGCCAUGGUAACUCACAAUCUUUUGUGUAAGCACCCAGUCAUAAUCGAUUGAUUUCUACUUUAUUCUUGUCUUUUUUGUUGUUUUUUUAGCAUAAACCAAUGGUUCUUAAACUUUGGUACUCUUAUGAGAAUUGCCUUUAGGAAACUCAGGUGAGAUAUUUAGGACUUGACCACAAGAUGUGUAUGAAAAUGCGAGUAGAGAGGCUUCGCUAUAACUCAUGUAUGUGUGCCAUUGAUUGCAAUCUGAUCAUUUUCGUUAUGGCAGAGGUGUGAUCCAAGUAAGUUAGGGUUGUGCUCAUUUUUGUAACCUGAAUAUAUUUUCCAUAUGUAGACCCCUCAUUAACUUUAAAGACAAACACUUGCUGGAGAAAGCUAGAUUGAUGAGAAUGACACUGGCCCAAAAUCCAGAAACAUCACUUUUGAUCAGUAGAGAAAUACUUAGGGUCGAAAGUCACUUUGAUUUGAUACUGCAUUUGAAAAAUCCUGGAUUAUUUUUUUCAAGAUGAAGACAUUUUACCCCACUACUAUAGAAACAUACAGUGUUAUAUUCUACACUCUUUGUAAACACUUGAGAAAAAUCCAUUUUGCAUUUCACAUUGUUGGAAUACCCUACAGUUCUCAAAUAAACUCAGCUGCUAGGGUGCUGAUGCCAGGAACUCAUUAAGUAAUAACAUGGCUGGCAGCGCAUAGUCGUGACUUUUAAUGCUGCAAACACUCAUUGACAAGAAUGAGACAAGGAUCUGAAACACAACCAUGUAAAGGCAUGGGUUUUCUAAUUUUGUGUAUAUGGAAUAUACUUUUCAAAUAUAAAUUUUUCUACUUUAAAGUUAAUGUUGCUGUUACCUAGGUUAAGCACUACGUACUGUCUAUGCUAGUAAAAAAUAGACAAAAAAGGGAAAGAAAUCCAUCAUUGCCUUAAGGUAGUCAGCUUGACUCAAUUUAAAUUUCAUUCUUACUGUUUUGCAUACUGGAAUUUUCUGAUAUGAAUAGUUUUGUAAUACCUUUUUUUACUUGUGAAUAAAAUUGUUACCUGCUAUUCUUA